GCAACAUAUGGAAAAGGACAUGGAGAGGCUCUAUGGAGGAAUGAGAUUCAAAACAACGACGUUAUGAAGAGUACCACGGCCUAAAUUCUCUUCAAACGUUCUUUUUGGCCAUUGAAAAUGUUUCAAGUAGAAUUUUUAAUUUUGAAAUAACAGACUCUGAUAAAAAAUGCCUGUUGAACGUGUGCCAGUUGUCCACAAAUUUGGGAUCAUCUCACACACUCAGCGUUUAGCUUUGGAGGAUAGACUUGCUAAGAAAUCACUUGCCACCGAACCACCACGCACUUUCUCUAGGACAAGAAGGUUCCCUUAUGAAGUGACAGAAGAUUUUAUUGCCAAGUUCAAUGACAGUAAUGAAGAAGAUAGGAAAGAACUUGAAGGAUUUGCCCUCAAAAUGAUAUCACGAGCCAAAAGAAGAGCUGGUAUCAUGGCUGGGGGGAAAGGAGACCAUGUUGAUUUAGCUAAAUCAUGGACAGAAUUGGGACUAUUAGCACAAUGUUCAAACCAACAAGUACAAGAAGAAUCUCUAGAAUUGCUGAUCACUUCUCUUGGUCAUGCCCCACCAGCUGCAGAUCAGCUUCCUAGCUUGUUUUAUCUUGCAAAAAGUUGUCUUCAUUGGUUGAGAAAGUGUGGAAUAACUCAGUCAUGCUUGAGGACAGCUGAGUUAAAACUCAUCAGGAUGGGUCAUCUGGCUUUUUUGAGAUUGUAUUAUCACAACAUGACACAAGAACUCAAGGAAUAUCAGGAUGAAAAGCACUCCUUACUCCAAUAUCUCUCAGGGUUUCCAGAGGAACAUGAGGAGGCUUACAAAUCAUUUCCAGGUGUUUUGCUUGCAGUCAGAUACAUAAAAGAAGUGGGCCAUCUUAUUUGCACUGGUUGUGAGGAUCCUAAUCAAAAGGAAUCUUUAGCUGUAGAGACUACAGCAGACACAGGAGCAACAACCAAAACAAAGACCACAAACCAGGGUGAACAAGGGGCAACAGCAGUACCUGUAGGGAAUGCCACUGAGGGAGGGAGAAUGGGGCUGCCUUUGUUACUGGAGGAAGAGGAAGAAGAACAGGGUAGUGGAGAUAUGGAGUUCCAUGAGGCUGUGUCUAUCAGCCCCCCUCACAGCCCAGCAGCAGCUAGUACAAUUCAUGACUUGUCACCAACCCUCUGGCAUGCUCUGGAUAUAUGGAGGAGCAUCAUGCAUAGAGGUACUGGGUUGAGACAGGCUUUAGAGGGACUGAGCAUGUGUGGAACAGGCCUGAAUACAGAGUUAUGGAUGGACGUCUGCUGCGCUUUUCAAGUACUCACGGAAGUGUCUAAACGUGAUAUUACUGUUCUGCGCACUUUUCAAGCCUUAGCCGCUGGUAUGUUUACCAAACCAGCAGAGAUAUCAGACGCGCAUGCGCGUCACAUUCACGUUUGCAACAACUGUUUGUCGACAUUAACUGGACACCAGUCCUUAUCAGGCCCAGAUCUACAUGACGAUGGUUUCAAGUUAAAUCAUGAAAAAACUCGAUCAACUUCAGGCUUCUUAUCUGUUAGAAAGACUCCAAGUUUUGUGAAAGGAUUGCGUGACUUUGCUAACCUUGGCCUCGAAAAUGACAAAGCCAGGCAGCCAGAGGAUGAAGCAGAGAGCAUUAAGUCACGCGAUACUUUAAGUGACACAUCUGAGGCAAGUUUCGCUGAUGUAAGUAGUGAGGAAAGUGAAAACCAUGAAAGAUCUGGAUUUGUUCGUGGCAGUUCGACGAGCAACUUGCCAAAAACCUAUAAGAAAACAAGGAGAACAAUUGCCGGUAAAGAUGAAAGCAACUCUGAAUCUGAGGAAGAGAUUGAAAAACCACUAAAAUCACAAAUAAAGAAAUCAAACCAAACAAAAAUUCUGGAAAAGAAAACUGAUGGAUCCACACGAGUACAUGGUGGCAUAGCGGUGCGAUUUAAUGUCAAGCAAACAGAGUUUUCAUAUCCUGGGGGUGGAGUCCCUGCGGCACGAAUGGAGAGAUCAGUUACUAAGGAUAGUCUGUUUAGUGUCCCUGAGACACAGGGUAGCUCUGUUACUCUUCAGUUAGAAGACGAAGAUGACACUAGUAGCGUCAAGACAGGCACGUCACAAUUCUCAAAUCCACCUGGCUUGACGGGGUGGCGCUGGGAACUGGCAUAUCUCUACACAGACUGUAUGACGUCAGUUUGUCUGAAUGGUCAGAGCUCCACCAUCCAGAAAACCGCCCUGCUUGGGAGUGAGGCUAACCGGAAAGUUACCUUAUAUGGUAAAAGAAACGACAUGGUCCGUGAAGGCUUGGGACUCCUAGAUCUGCUUAAAUUGAAUUUUUCUGCGAAUCAAGGUCCCCAGGCUACUCAUAAAGAUUGGAGUUGGAGAGUCAGGUUUGCAGCCGUGCAGGGCCUGGUGCGUAUUUGCCGUCAGUGUAGUGAUGAUGCAACAAAAGACGGAAUACGAGGAGUGGCCUGGAAUCAACUUAUGAAGCAUCAUUCCCAAGAGAGAGAUGUACGUGUCUUGGAGGCCUGGAAAUUAGCUCAGAUUGAAUCAUGUCUUGAUAACAAGAUCCCCUCACUCGAUGUCAUCAACUCUUCGUUUCCUGUCUGGGCUGCGGGCGGCUUGUCGGCCGUUUUACUUCCUUCGCUUCCGCCAGUCGUACCACCCAGCUCUCGCUCCAGGUCCCGAGUACGCACAACUCAGUCAAGACAAGCAGCGCCUGUAGUCAAGAGAGGUCCCAAGCGUCCUUCGUUAAGGCAAGAGAUUCUCUUGGCUACAGCAGCACGUGAGCCUCAACCCGACUAUGACAGCCGCAUGAACCACCACUUAAUGCUGGUCGUAGAGGACCAGUGGAGGAAACAGCUUCAUGAAGAACAGAAGGAAGAGGAAGAACAAAGGAAGAUCGACGAAGCAGCCAAAGUUGAAGUCAUAGUGACGAAGGACAGAAGACGGACUAUCCAGGGGAGGGGUUCGGGUGAUAAUAAAGGGAAGGAGAUGGGACGGAGAAGACUUGAGGAGAGGUCUAGUCAGCAGGUUAUUGAAGAUGACAUGAAAGAAGUGUAAGCAUAGAACGGAAGGUGACUUUGGAUGGGUAACUACUGGAACAGACAAAAUAAUAGACUUCAAAAUGAAAGCGAAACAGAGAAUAGAUAAACUAAGAUGAAAGUCAUACGAAUAAAACCUGAGAAUGUCUGAGGAGCCGAAGAGAACCCUGUGUAGAUAUGACGUGAAGUAUAGCGCGUGGCUUUUUGACCCAUAUCGAUCAAAUUGCAAGCUCUUAAUUAUAUAUCUAAUAUUUUUGUCUUAGACUAUUGUGCUGUUUUGAAGCAUCUGUUUGUUAAGAGUACCACGUUUUCGUUGCCAGAUAGACCAAAUAAAGUCAGUCACCUGACAGAUAAAUACUCCUUAAAAACAGUGUUAUAAUUCAUUGAAGUCACAAGUAGGCGGAAGGAAGGCUCCAUCAGACAUUCCCGCCGUUUUUAUCGAGCAAGUAUUUUUCCUCUGAAGCCAGAUUUAUCGGUGAUUUCUCAAUGACAGUCGGAAAGAAACCAUAGGGAAAUUCAAAGAA